GCUCUCUCUCUCUCUCCCCUUCCUUUGGAAAGAUAGUCUUCACCCUAAUUUGCGUGUUAGUUUCAGUCUAUUUGCAUUUCGGUCAAAUUCAUUGUCCCUCCCUCAUAUAAAAAGCACCAAUCUUGUUGUUAGCCCUUCAUAUUUUUCUAAGCCAAAAAAUUGUAAGCUCUUGAACACAAAUUCCAAGUUCUUUCACACAAACACAAAUGCCCCACCACCGUUCCUCCUCCCCCUUCCCUGCUUGCUUCCGCCCUUCCACCGCCGACAUCCACCACCUCCCCCCACCAACACCACCGCCGCCACCUAAUUCAGGCAACUCUAACCUCACCACCUGCCUCUACCAAACUGACCUUGGCCUCUUCUCUCUUACUUGGUCAAGUUGCUUUUUAGGCCAUUCUCUUCAUCUCCACCUCCACCCCAUUGACUGCAACAACAGCUACUGCUCUCCUGUUUUUUACCCUAACCCACUUUCUCUCUCUACAAUAUCUUUUCACCUCAAUAUCAAACCCUCGUUGUUUUGGAAAAGGCAUGGAUCCAAGAAAUUCCAUGUUAUUAACCAGGAGGCUAACACUCCAACCCCAAGAAUUCAAAUCUUUUGGGACCUCUCUAGAGCCAAAUUUGGAUCAGGACAUGAACCCCAGUCCGGGUUCUACAUAGCUGUGGUUGUUGAACGAGAAAUGGUGCUUCUUGUUGGUGAUUUGACCAAAGAAGCUUUUGCGAAGACCAAAGCUUUGAGGAAAGAGAGAGCCCAGGUUCUUGUUUUGAGAAGAGAACAUGUGUUUGGCAACAGAGUUUACACUACAAGAGCAAGAUUUGGGGGCAAAAACAGAGAGAUUUCAAUAGAUUGUAGUGUGAACAAUGAUGCAAGAUUGUGUUUUUGUGUUGAUAACAAAAGGGUUUUGCAGAUAAAGAGAUUGAAGUGGAAAUUUAGAGGAAAUGAGAGGAUUGAAGUUGAUGGUGUUCCUAUACAAGUCUCAUGGGAUGUCUAUAACUGGCUUUUUGAUGACAUACACACUGACCAUGCAGUGUUUAUGUUCAGAUUUGAAAGCAAUUUAGACCACCCCGAAGAAGAACAGGAAGUAGUACAGAAACAAGAACAAAUUGAAGUUUAUGGUUGUCAUCAUCAACAACAAGAAAUCAAUGAGAAAAACAACAACAAAGAUGUUGUUUUAUGGCAACAGAAUUCAUCAAGUAGCACCCCUAGUUUUGGAAUGAGUCCAAUAGAGUGGAGAAAGAUGAGAAAGAGCUUGAUGAGAACAGCUGCAAGGAGUUCAUCUUCUUCAUCAAUUUCCAUGUCCUCAGCAUCUUCUGGUGGCAGUUCUUCAGUAAUGGAAUGGGCUAGUAGCACUGAAGAAAGUGAACUUUGUGGUGGUCCUAUUGGAUUCUCCUUGUUGGUUUAUGCUUGGAGGAAGUAAAAGAUUAGUGGAUGGAUUAAUGGAUGAAUUCUCUUCUGUUUUUGGUGAUCUUUUGUUAAAUUUCUGUUUUUGUCACUAACCCAUUAUUUGUUGAUGAACAUGCUAGUAUAAUACUCAAUGAAUUAGCAUACAACUAAAUC